AUGAAACACACGGCGGAAAUCACACCCGUUGCCCUUCUACUCACAAAUCUUCGGCUACUCGACCUCCCCGUCUACCAAGACCUACCUAUCGAUGAUGAGACCUUCUCCUUGGGAAAGAACAAGAGCAGAGCGUUCGAGCUUAUCGCCCACCACAUCUUCGAUCGAUAUGACCCGAUCGAAUCCAAAUCCAGGUUUGCAGGGAAUUGGCCAAUAUAUGAACCUGCCCAGUCGAAGAAUUUUCGCGCCGCUAUUGUAAAUUGGUUGAACGACCUCAAAAAAGCCGGUGCUUUGCAUAAUGCGAUUAUCAUUCGUAAGAGCAUGUUCGAUGAGUGUCAAGGUGAUCGAUAUGAAGAGCUCUUGCUAUUCUUAUCGACUAUGGCCUUGAAGAAGGUCGUGCAGAGAGAACACAAGGAUCACACCGGAGACUCGAUAGCUCUCGAUGAAGCUCUGAGCACACACCCGGAUCUCGAUACAGUUAAUAUCCUUAACAUUGCAUACCAGAAUUCUCUUCGAAACACGCUUCAGCACCGCUUUGUUGACAAGAAGAAAUGGUUUUUAGCUUCAAGGAGGCUUGAAGAGCAGGAUAGGCUGGUUUCUGAAAGGGAACAGGCGACUGCGAUUGCCCGCGAAUCAAGGAAAGGGCUCGGUAUCAAAGAAAACGACAUCACUUCUGUAUGGGAGAAGAAUUGGGUCGGUGAUCAAAGCAUCUACAAGCUACUACUACCAGAUCGCGAUGAUGCAACGGAACGGGAACUAUGGUCAAACGCCUCCUUUAAAAAAUUGUUGCAAACUGGGUCUUUUAACAAGCCUUGCGCAUCCGAUGGCAGUGGCUCGACUGUGAAGACAAUGGAGGACGCCGUGAAGGUCCACGAGAGCCGUUUAGCGCGCUGGAAAGAGUACAAUUAUCAAUUCCUCAAGGAAAGGACAGGGUCUAAGAAAUCACUUCCUGGAAAGAAAGUCAGUUUCGCAGCCGAUGUGGGAGGAGGCCUCGGUGUGGACUUUAACAAACAUCAGAAUCUCCACGCUAGCGCCUUCACACUACAGGAAGGAACACAACUUCCUAUCCCAUCAACGGAUGACGAUUUUGGGAAACUGUUCAACAGUAUGCGGAAGGAAUUACAAACCAUCCGAGUGUCUAGACGUAAACUUGGUACUUUGUCAUAUGCCUCGACGUAUGGUGAAGGCGGGGACGAGGAGUCCGUAGCAUCGGACGAGCAAAAAGAUACCCCUAUCCCGAAGGACAUAACGGAAGAGGAAGCAUUGAAACUACUAACAUCCCACCUGCCCACGGAUACCACCUCCAGGCCACUGCCAGGGUCCACGACUGUCAAUACAGGGCACAACCAAACUAGAACAGCGUCAAUGUCUAAAAUACCACCCCGAGCUUCAACGCCUGAAUUAGUACAACCAAAACCAUCCCCAAAGCCAUCCCCAAAGCCUCGACUGCGAAGCCCGCCUCCGCCUCCUAAGCCAAUCGAACCGAGUGAUGACCCGGAGGAUAGCCUCGAGGAUACUAUCAUGCGGGACCCCCCUUCUCCAGAAAGCCCGAGUGAGAUCCCUUACAUCGUUGAACCUUCCCCACAAAAACUCGGAUCUCAUCGUUUCGACGGGGAGUAUUCCGUAGACGAAUACAUGGUGGAGAAGAUGAUCGCACAAAUUGCGACUUCGGCUGAUACUCCUGCACCAACCCGGACGCAGCGAUUACACCCGAAUCCUGUCAGGUCAAAGGAGGAGCUUGAAGCAGACCCAUUCAAGUCUCGACCAAGGGUUGCAUUAAGCCCCCCAUUUACACCCCAGCCAUCAAGGGAUGACCAUGGCGUGAGCUUAGAAACCCCGAGGGUUGGAUUCCAGUCACCCGCGUUUGGUGAAAGUGACUAUGACGAGUAUGAAGAUGAAGACGAGAGCAAAAAUGAAUCGCCUUCUAAGGGUAGAGGGGUCAAAUAUAGAUAA